AUGCGGAAUUCCUUUUUCGCCCUUUGCGGCCUUGCAGCUUUGCACACUGUGGGUGCUGCAGCUGAUGUUGUCAAGGGAAAGGUCUUUGACAGAUUCAUCACCAUUUGGCUGGAGAAUCAGGACUUCGCCAAGGUUGCGGUAGACAAAAGCAUUGCCGACCUGAAGAAGCAGGGAGUCCUGCUCUCGAGAUACUAUGCGCAAACACACCCAAGCCAGCCAAACUAUCUCGCUGCCAUUGCCGGUGACUAUUUCGGACUCAACCAUGACUACGAAGUCAGAGUCCCAGAGAAUGUAUCAACGGUAGUUGACCUGCUCGAUACCCGUGGCAUCUCAUGGGGCGGAUACUUUGAGGACAUGCCCGGCCCCGGCUUCAUGGGUAACUACAGCGAUGGUUCCACGCACAACGGCGGGUGGGAUUAUGUCCGCAAGCACAAUCCCUUUGUGUCGUUUGACAGCGUCACGGCCAACGGAACGCGUCUGCUCUGCCUGCAGUCCUUCAACGAAUUCCAUGACGACUUUGUGGCCAAGCGAGUGCCGCAAUUUGUGUUUAUGUCGCCCAACAUGAUGCACGACGGACACAACACGUCGCUUGAGACGGCAACCGAGUGGUCGCAUGAGUUCUUGAAGCCCUUGUUGGACGACAAGGCCUUUGACGAGCGGACGCUCAUCCUGCUCACGUUCGACGAGUCCGAGAACUACGGGGAGCCGAACCACAUUGUCUCCCUGCUGCUGGGCAAUGCCGUCCCCAAGGAGCUCAGGGGCACACAGGACGACACCUUUUACACGCACUACAGCAUCCUGUCUUCGGUGCAAAACAACUGGGGACUGCCCCAUCUGGGUAGGUACGACGUCGGAGCCAAUGUGUUCCGAUUCGCGGCGGAGACGGCCAGGUACGGGGGAAACAGGGACCCGACGAACCUGGCGACACUCAACAACUCGCUGUCUUAUCCGGGCUUUCUACACAACGAAAGUUGGUUACCCAUCCCGAUCCCGAAUUGGAGGCUCGUGGGUGCUGGUGGAAAGGGUGCCUUGCCAGCGGUCGAGAAGACCUGGCAUAUUGAAGAUGGAGUGCCGUGGGAUACGCCGUAUGAUGGGAGCGGGAAGGUGUUUGAUGGAGACAAGAACAUGCCUAUUUACAAGCCAGCCGUGGCGAACUGAGAUGGUUACGCUCUAUGAUUCCUGCCCGGGACAAUGCCGAGAUAUCUCUAGAUGAGCUAACUAAGGCAUAUUAGGUGCAGCUGGUUUGGUGUUGCAGGUCUGUCACUCGAGCAAAUGCUAGCACGCGACUUCCGUUAUUCAUC